GUGUCGUUGCAGCAGCUGUAGGAAGGAGAGGCCAUUUUCCGUUUCUAAGAAGAGUCUGGGGCAAAAAGAGGUGGGGGAGCGAGGGGGCCAAGAGGGCUCAGCGCCUCCCUGCCGAGCCGCGAGCGCACGGGAGUUUCGGCCGGCGGGUGAGGUGGCCGAGGGCCCGGAGAUGUUUUCUCUGUCCAGCACGGUGCAGCCCCAGGUUACAGUGCCUCUGAGUCAUCUCAUCAAUGCCUUCCAUUCUCCAAAAAGCACAUCUAUUUCUAUAAGUGCAUCAGUUUCUAAAAACCAGCAUCGAGAUGUAGUUCCUGAACACGAGGCUCCCAGCAACGAGGCACUGGGUACAGUCAGAAGUGCAGGGAGGGUGAAAGAAUUCACCAGAGCCAGAGCAGAGAGCAGAACAGGCAGAAGGACCGAGUCUGUACUUAAUUUGAGGGACCUUGGAUUAUCUGAACUGAAAAUUGGACAGAUUGAUCAACUGGUAGACAGUCUACUUCCUGGAUUUUGUAAAGACAAAAAAGUUUCUUCCCAUUGGCAUACUUCUCACAUCUCUGCACAGUCCUUCUUUGAAAAUAAAUAUGGUUACUUAGACAUGUUUGGUACUUUACGAUCUUCUUGCUUAUAUAGGCAAAAUUCAAGAAAUAUUAAAAGCAUUUCUUCAGCUCUUCAGGACUGGCCAGUUUUCAUACAGUCUCGAGGUUUUAAAACCUUGAAAUCAAGGACACGACGUCUACAAUCCACUUCUGAAAGGUUAGCAGAAACACAGCAUAUAGCACCAUCAUUUGUGAAGGGAUUUCUUUUACGGGACAGAGGAUCAGAUGUUGAGAAUUUGGACAAGCUCAUGAAAACCAAAAACAUACCUGAAGCUCACCAAGAUGCAUUUAAAACUGGUUUUGCAGAGGGUUUUCUAAAAGCUCAGGCACUGACACAAAAGACCAAUGAUUCUCUAAGGCGAACUCGGAUGAUUCUCUUUGUUCUGUUGCUGCUUGGUAUUUAUGGACUCUUAAAAAACCCAUUUUUAUCUGUACGCUUCCGGACAACAACAGGACUUGAUUCUGCAGUAGAUCCUAUCCAAAUGAAAAAUGUCACCUUUGAACAUGUUAAAGGAGUGGAGGAAGCUAAACAAGAAUUACAAGAAGUUGUUGAAUUCUUGAAAAAUCCACAAAAAUUUACUGUACUUGGAGGAAAACUUCCAAAAGGAAUUCUUUUGGUUGGACCACCAGGGACAGGAAAGACACUUCUUGCCCGAGCUGUGGCUGGAGAAGCUGAUGUUCCUUUUUAUUACGCUUCUGGAUCAGAAUUUGAUGAGAUGUUUGUGGGCGUGGGAGCCAGCCGUAUAAGAAAUCUUUUUAGGGAAGCAAAAGCAAAUGCUCCUUGUGUUAUAUUUAUCGAUGAAUUAGAUUCGGUUGGUGGGAAGCGAAUUGAAUCUCCAAUGCAUCCAUAUUCAAGGCAGACUAUAAAUCAGCUUCUUGCUGAAAUGGAUGGUUUUAAACCCAACGAAGGAGUAAUCAUUAUAGGAGCUACAAACUUUCCAGAGGCAUUAGAUAAUGCCUUAAUACGUCCUGGCCGUUUUGACAUGCAAGUAACAGUUCCAAGGCCAGAUGUAAAGGGUCGAACAGAAAUUUUGAAAUGGUAUCUCAAUAAAAUAAAGUUUGAUCAGUCUGUUGAUCCAGAAAUCAUAGCUCGAGGUACUGUUGGCUUUUCUGGAGCAGAGUUGGAGAAUCUUGUAAACCAAGCAGCAUUAAAGGCAGCUGUUGAUGGAAAAGAAAUGGUUACCAUGAAGGAACUAGAGUUUUCCAAAGAUAAAAUUCUAAUGGGGCCUGAACGUAGAAGUGUGGAGAUUGAUAACAAAAACAAAACUAUCACUGCAUAUCAUGAAUCUGGUCAUGCUAUUAUUGCAUAUUACACUAAAGAUGCAAUGCCUAUCAACAAAGCUACAAUCAUGCCACGAGGGCCAACACUUGGACAUGUAUCUCUGUUGCCUGAGAAUGACAGAUGGAAUGAAACUAGAGCUCAGUUACUUGCACAAAUGGAUGUUAGUAUGGGAGGAAGAGUGGCAGAAGAGCUUAUAUUUGGAAGUGAUCACAUUACAACAGGUGCUUCUAGUGAUUUUGAUAAUGCCACUAAAAUAGCAAAGCGGAUGGUUACAAAAUUUGGAAUGAGUGAAAAGCUUGGAGUUAUGACCUACAGCGAUACAGGGAAACUGAGUCCUGAAACUCAAUCUGCUAUUGAACAAGAAAUCAGAAUCCUUCUAAGGGACUCAUAUGAACGAGCAAAACAUAUCUUGAAGACCCAUGCAAAAGAACAUAAGAAUCUAGCAGAAGCUUUAUUGACCUAUGAGACUUUGGAUGCCAAAGAAAUUCAGAUUGUUCUUGAGGGCAAGAAACUGGAAGUGAGAUGAUAACUCUCUUCUAAUGGAUAGAUUGCUGGUUUUAUCGCAAGAAUAUUAGCAUUGCAGUAGUCUCCUUUUGCAGCACCUAUUUCUUAUUCUUGACUUGGUAUCACUCUAGGGUGUGGAACACUGUCAAUCUUUUCAUCACAUUUAUGUAAUUUUGUUUAUUCUCUGAUGACACUGCAAAUUAGCAAUCCAUAGCAAAUGUGCUAAAGAAAAUAAAGAACGAUCAGGACUGAAAACA